GUGAAAAAAAAAAAGGAAGGAAGUGGCGCCACAACCAACUGGCGGACGAUUGACAGUGGAAGUGGCGGGAGAGUGAAGUGAGUUGUGAAAGUUUUCAUUCGAAGGGGUUUUGAGGGGUGGGAUUUUGGCGCGACGAAAUCCAGUGCAGGAUCGGAGGAUCCGUGGCAAUGAUUCACGAGCUGUUGUUGGCGUUGAUGGGACACACCGGGGAUGUCUUCAUCGACACAGAAGAGCAGGCUCGGGCGCUCGGCGCGGGAAAUCGAGGAGUGGGGUCUGCCGCUAUGGGAGCAGCGCGAUCGCCGACGGCAGAGAGUGAAGACACCGGUGAUGAUGGCGUCGAUCUGCCGUCUAAGCUCCUCGACGCGGAGAAUAUCUUUCAACUUUCACCGGAUUUUACAUUCGUAGGAGAGUCCGAGAGGUUGGUGUUGAAUCGUCUUGUGCGGCUGGGCUAUUACUACCGUGAACUGAACCGGUUCACAGUUGAAUGUAGGGAAUCCCGUCGGCCAAUCAACACUCGAGCAGCUGCUUCUGCUUCGUUAUUCCAAGGCAGCAGCGGCGGUCGGAAGGGUGACAUGUCACUGGGAGGAAGUAGAAACGGCCAUGUGAAACCGCAACCUCCUGGGGGAGGAGGAGGAGGAGGAGGAAAAGGAGGAGGAGGAGAUGGAGGAGGAGGAGGAGGAGGAGGAGGGAAAGGAGGAGGUGGAGGAGGAAAAGGAGGAGGAGGAGGAGGGGCUUAUCAAAGGGCGCUGGCUAUGGGGAUCACUGAAGUCCUGAAACUCUACAGCUCAGUGAUUCUUGCCAUUGAACAAGAAACUCUUCGUCAAUCUGUGCCUGUCUUAUCUAAAGUUGUGCAAGCCUUGCAAGAGUUUGAGAUUUUGCUGCCCCCUCUUCAUGCGUUGGUGAAGCAUGUUCAGGAAGAAGGUCUGCAAGGGGGGAAAUUGCUGAACCUAUUGCACUCCAAGUGCCAUUGCGGCAUCCCUUCACUCCAGGCAUGCAUCCAGAGGCUGCUAUGGUAUUGCCAUCAAGCCAUGUACAAACAACUGGCUGCAUGGAUGGUUCAUGGACUGCUUCAAGAUCCGCACAACGAGUUCUUCAUUACCGGGCAGCACCUCGGAAGUGAGAGGAAGAGUGAUGGGUCUGACCACAGACGCCCGGGAGAUAGAGAUGUGGUAUCUAUGAGUACAGUUUCCAGUGAUCAGGAGCAUGGAUGUACCACAGAUUGGCACUCCGGUUUCAGUGUGCGGUUGGAGAUGCUUCCAAGCUAUAUCUCUCUGCCGGUUGCCGAGUCUAUAUUGCUCGUUGGCAAGGCAGUAAGAGUGCUCCGGAAUCCAACCGCUGCUUUCCAAAGUCAAGAUCAAGUUCCAGGUGUUCAAAAGUGGCCGAUUUCCAGGUCGAGAAGGAGGAAGAGGAGGAGGAGAGCAGGAGAAGAAUUAGUAGGUGGAGGAGGGGGAGGAGAGAAGAAGAAGAAGACGAGAGGAGGAAGAGGAGGAGAGAAGGAUAAGACGAGAGGAGGAGGAGGAGGAGGAGGAGGAGAGAAGAAGAAGACGAGAGGAGGAGGAGGAGGAGAGACGGAGAAGAAGACGAGAGGAGGAGGAGCAGCAGGAGGAGGAGGACCUGCCGAAGGAGGAGGGGGAGGGGGAGAAGAAAGGAGGAGGAGGAGGAGGGGGAGAAGAAAGGAGGAGGAGCCGGAGGAGGAGAGAAGAAGACAAAAGGAGGAGGAGGAGGAGGAGGAGGAGGAGAGGAGAAGAAGAAUAGGAAAGGAGGAGGAGGAGGAGGAGAGGAAGAAGAAGAGGAAGGAAAGAGGUGGAGGAGGCUUCACGACGAUGGCAACAGCAGCUUCACGGGCAGCGACGACGAGGAGGGCUUCUCGACGAGGCAUCUCGAUGGAGACAACAAUGGGCAGCUCGACGAAGACGGGCGGGCUUCACGACCGCAGCGACGACGGGCGGGCUAGCGACGAUGGGCGGCUUCGUGACGGCAGCGACGACGGGCUUCACAACAGGGAAUACCGCGUUCGAAUUCGAAUGCCGCAUCAUCUCCAUGGGCAUUUGCGCGCUCUGCAGGACUACUUCUUGCUUGCGAAAGGGGAUUUCUUCCAGUGUCUCUUGGAAGAGAGCAGGGCACUUAUGCGGAUGCCUCCUCGGCCAAAUACGGCAGAAGCAGAUCUGAAGAUUCCAUUCCAGCAGGCAGCACUGAAGACAAUCGCAGAAGAUGACAGAUACUUCUCCAGGGUCUGCCUGAGGUGAAUUCCAAUCCCGUACCGCUCUGCCCUGCCCCUCUCUGCUGUUUGCUUCUGCUUUGCCCGAUCUCGACCUUGCUCUGUUCUGCUCCUUUCUGUCACCCUCCACCAGGCUGCUCUGCACUCUGCAGUUCCACGAACUUGCGUUUUGUUUCUGUUUUUGUUUUUGUGGACCAUUUCUCGAUUUAUGCAUGUCAUCCUUGCACAGGGGCCAUGCUAAUCUUCUCUGUAUCGUUUCAGUCUUAACAGAUGUCCUGAAGGACAAACACCAACUUGCGUUUGGAUAAAUGGUAAAUGUUUAG